CCUGUCCGUAAUUGCCAUAUGGCCUAUGGUUUUGUGCAAAGGAUUGCAUUGUUAUCAGCGAUAGUAUUGUUAAUUGUGUGCAAAACCUGUAUUCCCAGCGCAUAGACAGCACAGACAGGCGAAGGCUAAGGCAAUGACUGAUUGACACAUAUUUUAUGGGAUAUUCACUGCAAUUCAAUAGAGUUUUGGUGCAAAUCAUCACAAAUAGGGUACACGUUGUCAGCGCACGAAGAGGUCUUCACGCGAACCACUGUCUCAGACACACGAAGAGAGCCACCGAUUGGGCCAAAAACAAGUUACCGAAGUAUAGGAUACUGUACGCCAGGAAGAUAAUGGCCGAAACGGAUCCAGAGGUGGCCCGAGUGCUCGAACCACUCCGACAGGCCGUCAAAGAGCAGGGCGAUAUCGUGCGCUCCCUGAAGGCGGCCAACGCUCCCGAAGUGGACGUCAAACGAGCCGUCAAUGAGCUGAAGGCCCGCAAGAAGGUGUUGGAGGACAGGGAGCUGUCGCUGUCGCCGGCGAACGCCGGCUUCGAUCGGGCGCUGCUCGAGGAGCUGCUGAAGAGGCGGUUCUUCUUUGACCAGUCGUUCGCCAUCUACGGCGCGAUCGCCGGUCAGUUCGACUUCGGGCCGAUGGGCUGCGCCAUGAAGACGAACCUCUUGAACGUGUGGCGCAACCACUUCGUGCUCGAGGAGCAGAUGCUGGAAGUGGACUGCACUGUACUGACCCCCGAGCCCGUGCUGAGGGCCUCCGGACACGUCGAGAGGUUCGCCGAUCUCAUGGUGAAGGACGUGAAGAACGGCGAGUGCUUUCGUUUGGAUCAUCUCAUUAAAGGACAUCUCGAGAAACUGAUGGCCGAUAAGAAGACGUCGGCCGACAAGAGGGCUGAGUAUGAAGACGUGAUCAUCAAAUUGGAUGGUUUCUCGAAGGACGAGAUGAAUGCCGUUCUCCGCAAGUAUGACAUCAAGACGCCGGUCACCGGCAAUGACGUGACGGAUGCCAUCGAAUUCAAUCUGAUGUUCAGUACGUCUAUCGGACCGUCCGGUGCCAUCAAAGGCUUCCUGAGGCCGGAGACGGCUCAGGGAAUAUUCGUGAACUUCAAGCGACUCCUGGAGUUCAAUCAGAAGCGGUUGCCGUUCGCCGCCGCGCAGAUCGGCAACGCCUUCCGCAACGAGAUAUCGCCCCGGAGUGGACUCAUACGGGUCCGGGAGUUCACGUUAGCAGAGAUCGAGCACUUCGUCGACCCGUCCGACAAAACGCACCCCAAGUUUGAGGCGAUUAACGACCAGAAACUGACGCUCUAUUCGGCGUGCAAUCAGAUGGACGGCAAACCGGCCCAACAGGUGGCCGUCGGACAGGCGGUCGCCGACAAGACGAUAGCCAACGAGACGUUGGGCUAUUUUAUGGCCAGAAUUCACUUGUUUUUGACGCGAGUGGGUGUCGACCCCAAGAAGCUACGGUUCCGACAGCACAUGUCCAACGAGAUGGCCCAUUACGCCACCGACUGCUGGGACGCCGAGUGUCUCACCUCUUAUGGGUGGGUGGAGUGCGUCGGGUGCGCCGACCGCUCCUGUUUUGAUUUGACUCAACACUCGAAGGCCACGAAAGUUAGGUUAACGGCCGAGAAGGACCUGCCGGCGCCCAAACAGGUGGAGGCGCUCGAGUGUGUUCCUCAAAAGCAAGUGAUCGGAAAGACAUUCAAAGGCGACGCGAAGAGCAUAACGGAAACACGAAAGUUAACGGCCGAGAAGGACCUGCCGGCGCCCAAACAGGUGGAGGCGCUCGAGUGUGUGCCUCAAAAGCAAGUGAUCGGAAAGACAUUCAAAGGCGACGCGAAGAGCAUAACGGAAGCGUUGAAUGAUUUAGAGUCGGAAGAGAUACUCAAAUACGAGGCCGAGUUGGAGAAGGGCUCGGAGUUCGAGUUGACUGUCGACGGAAAGCCGUUCCGAAUCACCAAAGAUAUGGUUGUCAUAAGACGCUCGCAAAAGACGGUUCACGUCGAGGAGAUCACACCCGGAGUGGUGGAGCCGUCGUUCGGCAUCGGGAGGAUUAUGUACUCCAUUUGGGAGCACUGUUUCCGCGUUAGGGAGGGCUCCGACCAGAGGGCAUACCUGAGCCUACCGGCGCUCGUGGCGCCCAUCAAGUGCUCGGUACUGCCGCUGAGCGGUAACGCGGAGUUCCGGCCGCUCGUGAAGCGGGUGUCGGAUCUGUUGACGCAAAACGAAAUCUCCAAUAAAGUGGACCAAAGCGGCGGAUCCAUUGGGCGCCGGUAUGCGAGAACCGAUGAGAUCGCCAUUCCGUUCGGUAUUACCAUAGACUUCGAUAGCCUUAGCGCCCCCUUCACGGCCACACUUAGGGAAAGGGAUUCCAUGGAACAGAUCAGAGCACCGAUCGCCAUUCCGUUCGGUAUUACCAUAGACUUCGAUAGCCUUAACGCCCCCUUCACGGCCACACUCAGGGAAAGGGAUUCCAUGGAACAGAUCAGAGCUCCGUUGGAAGAGUUGGCGCUUAUUGUAAGCGAUUUGACGAAAGGGAAGAGGAGUUGGAGUGACGUUAAGAAGAGUUACCCACUCUUUGAACAGCAGGAGACCAGCGCUAAGAAUUGACCCCAACUUUCACUGCAAACACAUUCAAUAAAUUCAAGUUUUUAAUUAUAUUAUCAAUUGUUUUCUAAUUUAUUUAUAAUAAAUGACUUUCGACUGAAACUCGAUUCUAAAUAGCGG